AUGUCGGCCGGAACGACGGCCACAGACACGAUUCUAUACAAACCCCGAGGUUCGGAUGUGAUGCGUCUUGAUGUGGACGAAUACAAUCCGAGAAUCGCAAAAGUCGCCGAUAUGGUGUUCGGUAUUGAUGGUCUAAGUCCACGUCAAGUCAUGCCUUACCCUCAUGAGCCAUCCCGGCCUCAGCCCUGGCAUAGAUAUGACUUCAUGAGUGUCCAAGAUAGACUCGACCAACUCGAAAUUCCCCAAGAGGAAAAGGACCAGUUUGUCUGCCACACGAAUUCUUUUGGAAGCUCUACUGCUCGGGAUAUCGCUUGGACGGACGCCCUGCGUUGGUAUGCUUUAGGAGGCUAUAGCCUUUCGACCAUGUAUGACGCUGCUGCGUGCUUCAAGCUUGGUAACGGCGGCACAACCAAUCUUGCCCGGCAUAUUCUUGAGGAGUUCAACGGAGAUAGAGUCCUCAACAAGGUUGUGUCUUCUAUGAAAGAGGAUAAUGGAAAAGUCACCGUCUCUUGUGCCGAUAGAUCCAGCUACAGGGCACGCCGAGUCGUGUGUACUAUUCCCCUCAACUGCCUCUCCGACAUUCAUUUCGAUCCACCUCUGUCCACUGCGAAGCAGAGUGCUGUUCAAGCAGGCCACACCAAUCUUGGAGAGAAGUACCAUUUUGCACUCAACGAAACUCAGGGCAACUGGUUCGUAAACACUAGUGAUACAGACAGUGGCUUUCUUUUCGGCUUGAAAGACCAUGAUGGUUAG